AUAUAGAAUACAAUAAAAUUGCAUGUUUGGUUAAGCUCUCUCCCAACUAACUAUUGCUAAAAAAGAAAGAAGCUAAGAAGAACUAAGAGAUCAGCAAGUAAUGGGGAGCUUAAAGCUGAGCACAUUUGCAAUAGUCGUUUGUCUCUCCAUCCUCCUCAUAUCUCCUAUAGAAGUGAAUGGAUGGGGAAAGUGUGACUUACGAAAGGGUUUAUGUAGACUCGCGGACACGAUCUCUACUUGCGAUGUACCAUGCAGGGCAGUGGACAGCAAGUAUCAUGGAGGCGAAUGCUUAAAUGUUGGUGGUGGUCAAGGGAUAUGUUGGUGCUGCCGUGAUUAUGAUGCUGCAAAGAGCGGUGCUGAAAAGGAAAGCAUGUGAUUGCAGAUGAUAGAAAACGACGUCACUUAAUUUGUGUGUCUGUGUGUUUUGCUAUUUGCAUGUUUAUGAUUUCAUCUCACAUCCAUGUUUGAGUGUUUGCCUUCUACUUUGGGGGUAUCAAAAUAAAGCUUUGGCUUUUGCAAUAAAACUAGCUGUCUAAAUUGUGUCGUUGUUUUGUUUCUUUGUUCCUUCACUUUAAACUUUUUCAGUUUUUUUUUUAUAAAAAAAAAUUCAAACAC